AUGGUGAUCUCGCUCGUGCUGGGCAGCAUUUUCUUCGACUUGCCAGCAGAUGCAUCGAGCAUGAACUCUCGUUGCAUCCUCAUCUUCUUCGCCAUCCUGUUCAACGGGCUGAGCAGUGCUCUUGAGAUCCUCACACUUUACGUGCAAAGACCGGUCGUCGAGAAGCAUGCACGAUACGCCCUCUACCACCCAUUCUCGGAAGCCAUCUCCUCCUCAAUUUGCGACCUUCCCAGCAAGAUCCUCUCAACCCUCGCCUUCAACAUUCCGCUCUACUUCAUGGCCAAGCUCCGCCAGGAAGCAGACGCAUUCUUCAUCUUCCUGCUUUUUGGCUUCACCACCACCCUCUCCAUGUCCAUGAUCCUGCGCACCAUCGGCCAGACCUCGAGGACGAUCCAUCAAGCUCUGACGCCAGCCGCGAUCUUCAUCCUGGCCUUGGUCAUCUACACCGGCUUCAUCCUCCCGACCAGCAGCAUGAAGGGCUGGCUUCGUUGGAUCAAUUACAUCAACCCCAUCGCCUACGCUUUCGAGAGCCUGGUCGCGAACGAGUUCACUGGACGCCAAUUUCCUUGCGCCGACUACGUGCCGGCCUAUCCGAACGCGACACCGUCUCAGCGUGCUUGUGCCGUAGCUGGGGCCAUGCCGGGGGCCGACUUUGUUGAUGGCGACUUUUACAUGAAUGCUCAUUUCAGCUACUACAAGUCUCACAUGUGGAGAAACUUCGGUAUUCUCAUUGGUUACAUCAUCUUCUUCUUCACUGUCUACCUAGUGGCAGCCGAGUUCAUCACCACCAACUGCUCCAAGGGCGAGGUGCUGCUUUUCCGCAAGGGGCACAAGUCCACUACUCCCUCAAAGGCGGUGUCUGACGAGGAAAAUGGGCGGUCUGAUCGCGUUUAUCGCAAUGAGAAAGAGGUGGUUUCGUCUCCGCGCCACCCUGCGGCCAGACAACCGACUCGCCAACAGCACCAGGCGGUCUUCCACUGGAAGGACGUGUGCUACGACAUCACGAUCAACGGAGAAGAUCGUCGCAUUCUUUCCCACGUCGCAGGAUGGGUGAAGCCCGGAACACUUACUGCGUUGAUGGGAUCUACUGGUGCCGGCAAGACCACCCUUCUAGAUGUGUUAGCUAAUCGAGUCACGAUGGGUGUCGUCUCGGGAGAUAUGCUAGUCAACGGCAUACCGAGGGACCAAUCGUUCCAACGCAAGACGGGCUACGUGCAGCAACAGGACAUUCAUCUAGAAACCUCGACGGUGCGCGAGGCACUGCAGUUCAGUGCGAUGCUUCGACAGCCUGCGUCCAUCAGCAAGCAGGAGAAGUACGCCUACGUCGAAGAGGUCAUCGAACUUCUAGAGAUGGAGGCCUAUGCGGAUGCCAUCGUCGGCGUUCCUGGCGAGGGUCUCAACGUCGAACAACGAAAACGCCUCACAAUCGGCGUCGAGCUAGCCGCCAAACCAGACAUUCUCCUCUUCCUUGACGAACCCACCUCCGGCCUCGACAGUCAAACAGCGUGGUCCAUCGCAUCCCUCAUCCGAAAGCUCUCCGAGAACGGCCAAGCAAUCCUCUGCACCAUUCACCAGCCUUCCGCCCUCCUCUUUCAGCAGUUCGACCGCCUUCUACUUCUAGCCCACGGCGGCAAAACCGUCUACUUUGGCGACAUUGGCGAGAACUCCCGGACGCUCACAGGCUACUUCGAGCAGUACGGAGCCACCCCCUGCGGUCCGGACGAGAACCCCGCCGAGUGGAUGCUGAAGGUCAUCGGAGCGGCGCCGGGUGCCAAGGCGGAGCGGGAUUGGCAUCAGACGUGGAAGGAUAGCGACGAGUCUGUUCAGGUGCAGCGGGAGCUCGCACGACUGGAGAAGGAAUCGCCUGCGGCUGGAGCUUUGGGGACCAGCGAAGAGAUGUCGACUUACGCGACGCCGUUUUCUACGCAGUUGGCUAUGUGCACCAGACGUGUGUUCCAGCAGUACUGGCGCACGCCUUCGUACAUCUACUCGAAGCUGAUUCUGUCAGGCGGAACAAGUCUCUUCAUUGGUGUCUCAUUCUACAAGGCAGAACUCACGAUGCAAGGCCUCCAAAGCCAGAUGUUCUCCAUCUUCAUGCUCCUAGUCGUCUUCGCCUUCCUCGUCUACCAGACGAUGCCCAACUUCAUCCUCCAGCGAGAGCAGUACGAAGCCAGAGAACGAGCCUCGCGCGCGUACUCGUGGUAUGUCUUCAUGCUGGUCAACAUCAUUGUCGAGCUUCCGUGGAACACCCUGGCUGCGAUCGUUAUCUUCUUUCCCUUCUACUACCUCGUCGGCAUGUACCGCAACGCCAUCCCCACCGAUGCGGUGACUGAGCGUGGAGGGCUGAUGUUCUUGCUUGUUUGGGCGUUCAUGCUUUUUGAGUCGACUUUUGCGGACAUGGUCGUUGCCGGUGUACCUACAGCCGAGAUUGGAGCCACGCUUUCUCUCCUUCUGUUCGCCAUGUGCCUCAUCUUCUGCGGUGUCAUCGUGCCCAUGGGCUCCCUUCCCACAUUCUGGAAGUUCAUGUACCGAGUCUCUCCACUCACCUACCUUGUCGACGGCCUCCUCUCGACCGGACUCGCUCACAACGCCGUGCAGUGCUCGCCGCUGGAACUUUUGCAGUUCUCGCCGCCCGCCAAUGUCACUUGCGGAGCUUACAUGGAGACGUACAUGCAGGUUGCUGGCGGCAGGGUCUACAACCCGGAAAGCACUGAAACCUGCCAGUUCUGCUCGUUGGCCGAUACCGAUAUGUUCUUGGCCAUGACGUCCGCCUCGUAUGACGAGAGAUGGCGCAACUAUGGGCUGAUGUUUGUGUACAUCGUCUUCAAUCUGUUUGCUGCUUUGGGGCUGUACUGGUUGGCUCGGGUACCGAAGAAGUUUUCAUUGUCGCAGCUGUGGAAGAAGAAGACUGCUUAA